AUGAUGCAGCAAGUCCUCGGCAGUACAGGGGAUGAAGCUGAUGAAGAGGGCAAUGUCAAGUAUGAAAUGCUCGUCGACGCCUACAAUAUUGACCUGGCCGUAACUUCUUUGCCAUUACCUCUGCCCUUUGGUUGUAGCAAUUUUCAUGAGAAUGCUCUCAUUGUUAAUUUCGCCAUGCCCCUUCACGACAGGCCGGACAUGCCAGAAAGUGGCAGCGAAUGGAGUAGGAUCAGCAGAUCUAGAAUGCGAGCUUUGGUCCGCCUACGUCGCUUAGUCUGA